AUAGCCAUGAAAGUCCUCAUCCUUGCCUGUCUGGUGGCUCUUGCUCUUGCAAGGGAGAAGGAAGAUACUGUAUCUACUAAGAGUGUAGACUAUUUUUCAAGCAGUGAGGAAUCUGUUACACAAAUUGACAAGCAAAAAUCUGAGAGGGUUAGACCUGAGGAACAGCAAAGAGAGGAUGAAUGCCAGGAUAAAAUCCAGCCCCUUUUCCAGCUGCAGCCUCUAGUCUAUCCUUACGCUGAGCCCAUUCCUUAUACCGUUGUUCCAUCAAGUGCCAUGCCUCCUGCUCAGCCUGUUGUGGUGCUGCCUUUCCUCCAGCCUGAAAUAAUGGAAUUCCCUGAAGCUAAAGAAACCAUCUUUCCUAGGCAAAAAGUGAUGUCCUUCCUUAAGUCUCCAAUAAUUUCCCCUGUUGACCCCCAGAUCCUGUAUCUCACUAAUCCUGAAAAUUUUCACCUUCCUCUGCCUCUGCUCCAGCCAUUAAGGCACCAGCUCCACCAGCCUCUUGCUCAGACUCCAGUGCUUCCUUCUCUCUCCUUGCCCAAAGUCCUGCCUGUUCCCCAGGAAGGGAUACCCUAUGCCCAGAGAGGUAUACCCAUCCAAGAGCCUCUACUUGACCCAGUCCGUGUGUUCCACCCAGUGGCUCAACCACUUGCUCCAGUUUAUAACCCUGUUGCUGUAAGUUAA